GGGAUUUUUUUAUUUUUUUUUGUCCGCUCCAGAUUUGAAAUUGUUAGUAAAAAUUAAAAAAGCUUUGAUUUCGAUUUUGAUUUCUCAAAGCUGUGUUUUUUUCUUCUUCACAUCAGGAAGGAAUUUGAAAAGAUUUUUGGUGCUAAAAGAUGGAUCCGGAUGCAGUCAAAUCGACCCUUUCGAAUCUAGCAUUCGGAAAUGUAAUGGCGGCAGCUGCGAGAAAUUAUCAAAAGGAAGUUCUUGCAAAUGAGAAAGCUCAGGGAUCAAAUCCUGUUAAUGAAGAGGUUGAUCUUGAUGAACUUAUGGAUGAUCCAGAGCUAGAAAGAUUGCACGCAGAUAGGAUUGCAGCACUAAAGAGAGAAGUUGAGAAGAGAGAAGCGUUUAAAAGACAAGGACAUGGUGAAUAUCGAGAGGUAAGCGAAGGAGACUUUUUGGGUGAAGUCACCAGGAGUGAGAAAGUGAUAUGUCAUUUCUACCACAAGGAAUUUUACCGGUGCAAGAUUAUGGACAAGCAUCUGAAAACUCUUGCGCCUAGACAUGUGGACACAAAGUUCAUUAAAGUUGACGCAGAGAAUGCUCCUUUCUUUGUCACGAAGCUUGCAAUAAAGACUUUGCCUUGUGUUGUGCUUUUCAGUAAGGGAAUAGCGAUGGAUAGGCUAGUUGGUUUCCAGGAUCUGGGCACCAAGGACGAUUUCACCACGAAUAAACUAGAGAACGUUCUAGUUAAAAAGGGAAUGCUCAGCAAGAAGAAGAAAGAGGAAGAUGAUGAAGAUGCGGAGUAUCAAGAGAGCAUACGGCGGUCUGUCAGGUCUUCAGAGAAUCUGGACUCUGAUUCUGACUGAACAAGCAGUUGAUAUCAAAAAUUUCCCAUUGAUGUAGCCUCUGUUUUGCCUUUUUGCUCUGUUUUUAUGUUUAUUAGAAAAGAAAAUUUCGAUGUGAAAUCCAAACGUUCAAAUGCUGCAUUACAUUGUAUCACUUAUAUGUAAUACACUACCAAAUUGUCGCUGAUUAA